AUGCCUUUUAAUAACCUUGGCCAAGCUUCAUGUACACAGAUGCAAAAGUUACAGUUGUAAACCUUAAAGUAAACUUUAAGGUGUUUCUCAAUUGAAUUUAAGCAUUAUAUAGAAACACUCAGAGUUAAAAAUGUUAAAGCAAUGAAAACUGUCAUGCUGUGGUUAUUUCCAAACCCCCACUAGCAGAUCGUAAUUGAUUAGUUUUUUCUUUUCUCAUUUGUUUAUAUAUUUUCUUAAUAUUACUCAUGUCUAUUUAUUUCAUCUUUGUUUUUUAUUUCUUUCUUUCUUUUUUAUAUUUGUGUUAUUUAUUUCAACUUUCACCCUCUGGCUAAUAAUGUUAUGUUUUUCAUGUCAAUUGUCAAAUGUACUUUUUAUCUGCAUGUCUUAAGGGGUGUCACACAAAGCCAUGUACCAAUCCGCCUCCAUCUGCCCUCUUUUUUCUUUUAGUCAUGCCACUCGACGGUCAUAUUUGCGACGCCUCUGGGCUGCAGCUUUUUAGUCAUACAAGACCAAGUCUUACCUACUUGAAUGGGGGAAAACCGAUAUCUUUAAAAUUGUUCGUUAAAAUCACAGUAUAACAACAAUUAUCACGCCAAAAAAUAAACAUGACAUCCACGCUAGCAUACGGUUUUCUAAGCUCAAAUGAAAAACACUCUUUACAUGAUUCUCCAGCCACUGCGCAUGCGCAUGAGUCAUGACACUUCGUUUGGAGCCCCGCCCCCAGAGGAUCGUCAGUCUUCAACGAUUGAUGAUUGGCUCGUUUCUCUCACAGGAGUUCCGUACUGAGCGUUGCACAUUCUCCACAUUUAAAGUAAAGAACUGCAGCGUCUGUUUAUAACUAUAAUCUUUCUUUAAGCUCCGCCUCCUCAAGGUUUAUGUUCGCUGUCAGGAUUUCUCUCCAAAGAUUCAUGUCACGCUCCGCUGUCAUGGGCUCAAAGGUGCUCCGGGAGCCUGGAGAGAUCGCUCAGCUGUACCGGGAUCAGUGUCACUUCCCGUCUGUGUGUCGCGCUGACGUCGGUCCGGUGAUCACGUCACGAUACGGCGGACAAUACUGCAACAUAUACACAGAGUGGACUCAGCGGGAUUUGGAGAGGAAUGAGAGCGUGAAGUUUUGUCGGCAGUACAUUGUGUUUCACGAUGAGCGGUCGGUUGUUUACUCUGGUGCUUCUGGAAACUGUUCGGAAAUCAAGGGCGAGUUACUCAGUAUGGAUUCGCCAUCCGGUGAGAUGAAGGCCGUGUUGAGAGAGAGCACCGUCAAUGGAGAAGACAAACAGUUCCUGGAGAUCUGGCACAAGAACAGUAAACUGAAGUGUAUAAAUCUGAUGGCUCUUGGCAAACAUGGCAAAGUGUAUGAAGAUGAUCAGUUCGGCUGUCUGGUCUGGUCUCAUUCUGAGACUCAUCUGCUGUACGUCGCUGAGAAGAAACGAGCCAAGACUGAGUCUUACUUCCAGCAGCGACCUGAGACUGAUGAAGAGGAGAGCAUGACAACAGUUAAGAAGGACGAGACACUCAAGGGGCAACAGUUUGAGUUUUAUGAGGACUGGGGUGAAGCGCUGGUCAAUAAGAGCAGUCCGGUGCUGUGUGUGCUGGACAUUGAGAGCAGCAACAUCACUGUGAUUGAAGGAAUGCCCAACUACAUCUCACCCGGACAGGCGUUCUGGGCACCGGAUGACACUGGACUGGUGUUUGUGGGCUGGUGGCAGGAGCCCUUCAGACUGGGCCUGAAGUACUGUCCCAACAGGAAGUCGUCUCUGUUUUAUGUGGAUUUGGCGAGUGGUAAAUGUGAGCAGUUAUCGUGUGACUCCAGAGCCGUGUCCUCUCCUCGACUCAGUCCUGACCUCUGCCGCAUUGUCUAUCUGGAGUGUGACGUCUACGGCCCGCACCAGCAGUGCAGUCGUCUGUGUAUGUAUGACUGGUACAAGAAGCAGACGAGUGUUGUUGUCGAUGUUGUGCGGCGAGCCAGAGAGGAUGGCUUCACGGGCAUCUACAGCUCAAUGCUGUCUCCCUGCUGCUGGUCAUCUGACAGUCAGCGUGUGAUCAUCUCCUGCGCUCAGAGGAGUCACAAGGAUCUGUUGGUUGUUGAUACCUCCAGUGGAGAAGUCUCAUGCGUCACGUCCAGUGCACAGGAAGGAAGCUGGAGUUUGCUGAGCGUUCGCAAGGAUCUGAUGGUGGUCAGCUGCUCUUCACCAAACCGUCCUCCAGACCUGCGAGUGGGAUUCCUGCCGGCCAAGGGCUCAGAGAGCAACACGUCAUGGGUCACGCUGGAGGAAUCUCAACCUCAGACAGAUGUCAGCUGGCAGACCUUAAACUUCAGCCCGCCGCCAGGAGACGACAACAGCCAAUACCCUGCUUUGGACUUUGACGCUUUGCUCUUGACACCAGCAGAAGUGACAUCAGGGAAGAAACUAGCACUCGUGGUUAUGCCACACGGUGGUCCUCAUUCGGUGCUGGUGUCAGAGUGGCUUUUGUCCACAGCAGUUCUGUGUAAGAUGGGCUUCGGCGUUCUGCUCGUGAAUUACAGAGGAUCACUUGGCUUUGGUCAGGAUAAUAUUGACUCUUUACCUGGAAACAUCGGCACACAGGACGUGAAAGAUGUGCAGUUGGCAGUCGAGAGUGUUCUGAAGCAAGGUGAUUUCGACGAGCAGAAGGUCGCUGUGAUUGGAGGAUCUCAUGGUGGUUUUCUAGCGUGCCACCUGAUUGGACAGUAUCCCGACUUCUACAAGGCGUGUGUGGUGAGAAACCCGGUGACAAAUCUGGCCUCCAUGAUCGGCAGCACAGACAUUCCCGACUGGUGUAUGGUGGAGGCGGGGUUUGACUAUAAUACUGACGUUCAACUUAAUCCUGCUGUUCUGGAGCAGAUGCUAAACAAGUCACCGAUCAAACAUGUCAUCAAGGUAAAGACGCCAGUGCUUCUGAUGUUGGGUGAGGAUGACCGGCGUGUGCCCAAUAAACAGGGCAUUGAAUACUACAAGCGCCUGAAGGCUUUACAAGUACCAGUGAGAUUGUUGUGGUACCCGGGCAAUAAUCACUCUUUAUCCAAAGUGGACGCUGAAUCAGACGGAUUUAUGAACGCUGCUCUCUGGAUCCUCCAGCAUCUCUCUCUGUGAUGUCACUUCCUCUUCAUACAGACUCCACUCAGAUCUACACCAAAGCACUAAAGCCUGUUGUUUUGUGAAGAAACGGAAAUUGAGUCAGGUUCAUUCAGGAGUUCUUUUGGCAGUUAUUUGUUACAUUGCUGACAUGACUGUAUUCAUGUUUGUGUCAUGAUAUUCAGCGGUUCACUCUUUGUUUUUCUGUUGAACUCUGCUCUUUGCUCUUUAGACGUACUAAAUGACUUGCAAUCUUUUCAAUAAAAUGUUUUUAAAUGAC